AUGACUAAGCAUAAUUCAAUAAAGGUAAAUGAUUUAUUGGAUUCAUCAAAAGAACCACGUGAAUAUAAGUUAAUCUUAUUACAAGAACCAAAAGUUGCAAGAAUGUCUUCCUUUAAUGAGAAAAGACCUGUCGAUCCACCUGCGAUAAUUGAAUUAGAAAUAUAUGAUAGAUUUGGAAAUAUAGAUGAUGACGCCCUUCGAUCGCCUUUCUGGGUUUUGCAUGUAGUUUUAGAUGAUAGUAAUAGAAGUUUACCUAAACCUCAAUCACAAAUAUUACAAGGAAGUUUGACUUCUAGCGCACAUUAUUGCAAGAAGGACGCUAACCGGUAUGGUUGCUUCUUUUAUUUCAGCGAUCUCACACUCACAACUGAAGGUGUUUACCGGUUGAAGUUCUUAUUGACGACGGUAUGCCUAUUACCUAAUAUGACUCAUAAAGAUCCUCUACCCGUUUUAGUUGAAGCUAUUACAAACCCAUUCACGGUAUUUACAGCUAAAAAAUUCCCCGGUAUGGCUCCCUCAUCGGAGUUAGCAAAAAGUCUAGCUUUACAGGGUGUAAAAAUACCAAUUAGGAAUGAAGAGCGAAAACGAAGUCACAAAAUCGAAGACCAGCAAAACUAA